AUGGGCGUAAACGCGAGCGAUGUACCUACAGCUACGACUUGUGACCAUUACUGUAACCAGACGUUGGAGAGUCGUCACAAAGAUGGAGGGGUCAAUAAUUACAUAAUUUAUGGUUUCCCCUACUCCACCAAUACCUGGCGUGCUCUUGCCGUUCUCAACGAGAAAGGCCUUCCUUACACACGCAUCAAAGUCGACUUGAGAAGCGGUGAACAGAAGAAGCAACCUUUUCUUUCUAUCAAUCCAUUUGGUCAAGUCCCAGUUUUAAAAGACGGUGAAUUUAAGUUGGCUGAAUCCCGAGCUAUAUCAGAAUACCUCGAGACUGCUCAUAGAUCAAGCGGCUCACAACUCCUGGAUCACGAAAGCUACAAGACAAUGGGAACACAAAAAAUGUGGAUUUAUAUUGAAUCUUUUAAGUUCGAUCCACCCUCAACGAUACUGAAUUAUGAGCAAGCCAUCAAGCCUUUGAUGGGUCUAAAGACGGACUAUAAGCUCGUGAAUGAGACCGUGCCCAAGUUAGAGAAGGUUUUAGAUGUCUAUGAAGAACGACUCAAAAAUUCUAGCUUCUUGGCUGGUGAAAGCUUCACAUUAGCUGAUCUUUACCACCUUCCCAAUAUACAAAACCUUAUGGGCACACCUUCGAAGAUACUGUUCGAAACUCGGCCUAGCGUUCACCGGUGGGUGGCUAAUAUUACGGCUAGACCGGCUUGGAAGAAGGCUUGUGAUGUGAAUUGGUGA